AUGUCAAUUGAAGGUAUUCGAAUUAUUCAUGUAGAGAAAAGUGGAUGGUGUAAUGUUAGAAUGGGAGGAAAUCGUUGGGGCGUAUUAUUCGUAAGAGCGAUCCCUCUUUGGUUUAUUUCAAUUCCCGGAGCAUCGAUAGCAUGUGCCGCCAUUCUUCCUUCUGCAAAGACAAUUAUAUCUCGCAAUAAGAAUCGGGAAUCUCGAAGUCAAUCCACAAUGUCUUCACGGAAUCGUACCUCCAAGGAAUGCUCAAAUGAAAUUGAACCUCGCCCAAAUUCACCAACAUCUGCAACAUCUCCGGCUCCGGACGGUCCUCCAUCUGAUUUAUCGCCGUCGACAUUUCAAAGUGUACCAUAUAGUAUAUAUGGUUUAUUUCGAUUCUUUGAUCAUUGGAAGGGAAAUAACAUUUUAAAUAAGGAAGAUACGAUACUUUCAGAUUAUGUAACAGCUGGAAUUUGUAUGGCAACAUUAAUAUUAGUAUUUAUCAUAUUUGCGACCAAUGACCCAUCUAUAAAGCAAUAUAAGCAAGCAUAUUUUGCUAAUAGUUUUAGUAUUUUCAGGCGAAAAAAAGAUUCAAUUCAUGUAGAUAUAGUCAGGAAUGUAGAAGCAAACGUGACAAAGGAGUCUAGAGAAAGUAUUACCUCAAGAACAGUUUUACCAGAAGAAAAUAAUAUUUCUUCAAAUGAAGCACAAGAAAAUAUAGCGGUUGUGGUUUCAAGUAAAAAUAGUAUAACAUCAAAACAUAAGAAAAGGUGGUCAAUCUUGACUGCUUCACAAGAAAGUUUGGUUGAAUCAGAAAGAGCGGGGAAAAAACGUCGAUCAACCGAGGGCACAUUAACAUUUAAUAUAGAUGAAAAUUCAUCUCCAUUGUUUAAACAAAAAACAAAUCUACAUACUCAUAAUUCGUCAAUGUCUUCAACAUCAAUUUAUUCGUCAGCUACCGCUAUAGCGAUAGAACCUUCUGAAACUUUAUCACCACAAAGUAAUAAUGAUCCACCUGAUAAACCAACAGCUAUUCCAAUUUUGGGAGGACUUUCUCCUGCACCAAGACGGAAUUCACCCCAUUUUAAUCCAUUAAGAGAUUAUGAAGUUAAAGAUGAUGAUGUUACUAUGAAACGAUUGUCUUCACCACAAAUACGACAUAUUCAAACAAAUCCACGCCUAACGGCUUCCGCACCAACAUCACCAACAUUACUACAAAAUCGUUCACGUUCACCGCCUGGAUUAAAUUAUAUGAGAACAAGCAGAAUGUCAACCGAUCGUUAUAAUUCACGUAGACCUACGUCUCCAUUACGUAGGCCUUCGUCACCAAUUGCAAAUAACAGAUCAUCUGGUAGUUCUUCGACAAAUCAUGUCGCUGGUUCUCAAGGAACACCUACAAGUACGCUUGAAGAUAUGCAAGAUGAAUAUGAAGAUGAUGGAACGGAUCCCUUUCCAUCAUUACUAAAGUUAGGGAAAACCUUUAAUGAUGAUAUAGGAUCCUGGAGAUCUUCAAGUCCAUUAACACUUGGUUCAAGGUCCAUCAGAAUGAGUAAUAGUGGAACAUUUAAUUCAAGGAUAUGGGACAGACCGGACACGGAAGCUAUAAGCAUAAUAUCAUCAUCCGAAACUAUGGGUUCGCUAAGAAACUCAGGAAAUCUUUCCAGAAGCGGUAGUUUACCGAUAGUGAAUUAUGUUAAUGGUAAUAUUAGUAGGAUCGAGAGUCAAAAAAAAUGA